GGGGAGGAGCCAGGCGCCGUCGGCCGCCGCCGCCGCCGCUGCGCCCCGCUCCGCUCCGCGCCCCGCUCCGCUCCGCGCUCGCUGCCCGCCCCGCGCCCGCCGCCACCGCCGCCCAGGAGAGAUCACAGAGGAGGGAUCGCCCGGCGCCCCCCACCCCGGUCCGGCCCGGGAUGCUGCGCGGAGCUGAGCACUGAGGCGGGCGCCAUGGGGCGCGCGUCGUAGCCCCCCGCCGUGGCCCCCCCGCGCGUGGCACCGGUGGCGGAGCCCACUCGGUCGGUGCUGAGCGCUCCUUGAUGGAAUUGCGGUGAAUGGAACAGAAGCCCAGCACCCUGGACCCGCUGUCGGAGCCAGAGGACACCCGGUGGCUGGAUGGCAAGCGCAAAAGAAAGAGCAGCCAAUGUUUGGUGAAGAGCAGCAUGUCAGGGUACAUCCCUAGUUACCUGGACAAAGAUGAACAGUGCGUGGUGUGCGGGGACAAAGCCACCGGCUACCACUACCGCUGCAUCACCUGCGAGGGCUGCAAGGGCUUUUUCCGUCGGACCAUCCAGAAGAACCUGCACCCCACCUACUCCUGCAAGUACGAUGGCUGCUGCGUCAUCGACAAGAUCACCCGCAACCAGUGCCAGCUCUGCCGCUUCAAGAAGUGCAUCUCCGUGGGCAUGGCCAUGGACCUGGUGCUGGAUGAUUCGAAGCGGGUAGCGAAGCGGAAGCUGAUCGAGGAGAACCGGGAGCGGCGGCGCAAGGAGGAGAUGAUCAAGUCGCUUCAGCAUCGCCCCAACCCCAGCGCGGAGGAGUGGGAGCUGAUCCACGUGGUGACCGAGGCCCAUCGCAGCACCAACGCCCAGGGCAGCCACUGGAAGCAGAAGCGGAAAUUCCUGCCCGAGGACAUCGGCCAGUCGCCCAUGGCCUCCAUGCCCGACGGGGACAAAGUCGACCUGGAGGCGUUCAGCGAGUUUACAAAAAUCAUCACCCCGGCCAUCACCCGCGUGGUCGACUUUGCCAAAAAACUGCCCAUGUUUUCGGAGCUGCCUUGCGAAGACCAGAUCAUCCUGCUGAAGGGCUGCUGCAUGGAGAUCAUGUCGCUGCGGGCGGCCGUGCGCUACGACCCCGAGAGCGAGACGCUGACGCUCAGCGGGGAAAUGGCCGUGAAGCGCGAGCAGCUCAAGAACGGCGGCCUCGGCGUCGUCUCCGAUGCCAUCUUUGACCUGGGCAAGUCCCUCUCUGCCUUCAACCUGGACGACACCGAGGUGGCCCUGCUCCAGGCUGUGCUGCUCAUGUCCUCAGACCGGACAGGGCUGAUCUGCGUGGAGAAGAUCGAGAAGUGCCAGGAGACGUACCUGCUGGCCUUCGAGCACUACAUCAACUAUCGCAAACACAACAUUCCCCACUUCUGGCCCAAGCUGCUGAUGAAGGUGACAGAUCUGCGGAUGAUCGGCGCCUGCCACGCCAGCCGCUUCCUGCACAUGAAGGUGGAGUGUCCCACCGAGCUCUUCCCCCCCCUCUUCCUCGAGGUCUUCGAGGACCAGGAGGUGUAGGGCUGCCACCCCCGCCCCUCACCCCCUCCUCCUCCUCCUCCUCCUCCUCCUCCUCCUCCACCCCCUCCCAGCCCCCCCAAAUUUUUCUUAUCCCUGCCCGCUAGGGCUGGGGGGGCAGAUGCUGCGCCCAGGGUGGGGGGUCCCGCUGUGCCCCCUCCACCGGCCCCGCCCCCGCGCCCCAGGACUUGACGAAUUUUGUUUGUUUGCACAGGGAAGGGCCCCGACGGUCGAGCGUUUCCUUUAUUGUCCUUCUCUUCUUAGAUUAUUAUUUUUUAAGCAUUUAUUUCCCUCCCUGAGAGGCUAAAAUAUUAAACUAACUGCACUUUGGAAGGAGAGAGGAGGAGGAGGAGGAGGAAGAGCAGAGGAGAGGAGGGGGCUCUGGGCUGCACAGGGAGAGGCUGUCCUGGCCGGGGGGGCCAUGGCCACAUGCACUUUUGGCCGGGCAGCGGCACAGGGGCUGGGGGGGGGGUGCCAGGACCCCCUCUCCAUAGCGGGUGGGGGGGGCGCAGGGGGCGCAGCGGUGAGGGGGACCCCAGCCCGCUGGCCUUGGGGUCUGCCCCGGCUGGGGUGGCCCCCCCUGCACUCCCCCCCCCCCCCCGCCCAGUUAGGGGCCAGAUUCGGGGCUUUGGUUUUCUCUUUAUUUGGGCUGAGAGGAGAUGAUUUUGUGCCAAGCGCCGGCGGACGGUGGGCGCUGCAGGACACCGGGGAGGGGGGGGGGGGCGCGUGAGGACCCAGCGCCACCACCCCCCCACACACACCCCCACCUUUUCCGUUGUCCUUUUUUUGUUGUUGUUCCCCCCCCCCCCGCCCCGUCCUCGUGGGUUUAUUUGUUGUGUCCGUCAGAAGUUGCAAUGGCCCUGGGGGGGCCAGCGAGGGGGGGCAGCGAGUGCCCCCCCAGGACCCUGCACAGCCCCUACUGCACUACUGCCCCGGCCCCUCGGCAGCAGCACUUGGGGGGGGGGGGGCUGCACCCUCCUACCGCCCCACUGCUCCCGGGGUGGGGGGGGCUGGGCUGUGAUGGGGGGCCCAAGGAGGGGGUCCCGGCUUGGCGGCUGGGGCAGGGCUGUGGCAGGGGCACCCGGGAAUGGUUUUAUCACCUUGUGUCCCCCCCCCCCCCCAAUUUAGGUUUGUGAAUUUUUUCUUACCUCAGGCGGAGGCCGAGGGGGGGGGCGCGGGCCGGGGGGCGGCCGGCCGGGCGCAGCCUGCCGGGGCCCACCUAAGCUAAUAUAUAUAUAUAUAUAAAUAUAUAUAAAAUAUAUAAUUUUUGUAAUUAAAAAAAAAAUCUUUUUACGGGUCGUUUAAAAGCAGAAAAUCCCAACACGAGACACUUCCCCCCCCCCAACCCCGCUCCAGGGCACAGGGGGCCGGGCCGGGCCCCCCCCGCCACACUCUGCCCCCCCUACUAUAGGGGUCAUGCAUGGGGACCCCUUGCAGCCGGGUCAGGGGGGCUGUGACACCCAUGGGUGCCCUCGUGGCUUUUGGGGGGAGUGGGGGGGGGUCGCGAUGCCCUCAGCCCCCCCCCUAGCAGGGCCAGGUUUGCACUUGGUGCAAAAUGUCUUAAACUCUCGCCUUGGGUCUCCAGCACGGGGGGGUCCCCAGCGGGCACCGGGUUGUGCAAUAGGAGCUGGUGCCGAAAUAACGCCCACACUGGGGGGGGGGCGCAGGGUUUGGGGGUUCACCCCCCCCCCCCCCAGCAGCACCGGUGCCCAUGGUCACGCUCAGCCCUGUGUGCGCAGCACCGGCCUUAACGCGGGUGCCUUUGGGGGGGGGCUGCGGCCCCCCCGGCGCGGCGAUGCCGGUGUCGUGACGGUGCAAUGGCCGUGGGUGCUGCGGCGAUGCCGGCGCACCGCCGGUGCUGCGGCCGUGCCGGUGCCGCGCGCUGCCCGUGUGUUCUUGUGCAUGGCACACGCCAUGUGUGCCGGGGCAAAGCUGGCGCCGGGACGCAUCUUAAGCAGCGACCGGCACCCCCCACAGCCGGGUUUGGUUCCCCCCUGGGUGGCAACGCGGUGCCCUGGGGUGGCUCAUCCUGGGGGUGCAGCCUGGCUCCCCCGACCCGCUGGCCAGCACCCCCCCCGCUCUCACACUCCCCCCGCACCUCCCGGGCCGCUCCCUCUCGUCUCUGUCUCACGUCGCCAUCGCACGUCCAGGGGGGGCAGGACCGGUGCCCCCCAUCCUCCGCCAAGCUCCCCCGGGCCGUCCCCAUCCCCGCGUCCCACGUCCCCGUGUCCCCUGUCCCCCCGCCCCGCCCCCCCCCCCCCCCCCCAAGCACAUACCUCAUGGCUCCUGGAGCUGCACCUGCUCGCGGCCGCGUCGGCACGGCUCGGCACGGCUCGGUGUCCCCCGACUAUGCAUGGUGCCGCGGUGGCGGCGGGGGCCGCGGCCGGCGGUGCUGAAUGUAGGGCGCGGGACACGGGGGUGGGGGGGGGGGAAACCGCUGAGCUCCGUGACAAUCACAGUCUGUGACGUGCGAUUUUAAAACCCUUUUGUGUUUUGGUCAGGAUUUUAAAGAAAGAUAUUUUUAUGGUAAUUGUUGCUGGUCUAUUUUACUAUAUAUUUAUGUAAUAAAUAUAUGAUGAAAAAAAAAAGAUAACCAAACCCAACCAAACCCA